ACUCUGGGGGGGUUUUAAAGAAUUCAUCCACAAAUUUUCUUUUGAUAGCAGUUACACAAAGGCUGAAGGUCUUAAAUAUUACCUGCAAAAUAAGAUUUAACUGUUCACUGCUUCAUUACUGACCCAUACUCAAAGGAAAAAAAUCAGGUAUGUACAAAUGAGUUGAGGAGUUAAAGUAUUUUUCAUCACAUGCUUUUAUAUCAAGGUGGGUGAUAAAGAUAAACCAGUUUGGAAGGUUUGGAUCAGCGUUAAAUUGAUGUUCUUUGCUCCUGUGAGUUAGGCCUUGAAAAUGUUUUGAACUCACCCAAACAGCUGUCUUAAUUUCGUAGAAGUUACUAAUGAAGAACUAAUGAAGUAUUCCCUCUGGGCCAGUACAGAGUAACAGAGAGUAACUUCUAGUACUUUGUGGUGAAAAAUGAGGGUUUUAUUUUGCUGUGAGUUCUUUCUUAUGUGUGAUGCAAGUUAGAAGGCUCCUAAUGAUGACAGAGCUCUUCAUGGUCUUCUAAACAAAGUAAGGGAAGAGGAGCUCAAGUCAUUCAAAAAUGGCUAUUUCUGUUUUGUUCACUUCCCAGUUCCAGACUCUCUCCUUCUAUGCAUAUCUUGAUCUCGCUAAGAGACAUAGUCUCCUUUAGUUUUUCAUCACAGUGUGUGUAAGAUGCUUUGGUGAUGCUAAAAAUACAGCAAAAAUUUGAAAAGCUGUCUGGUCUAUCAUAUCCAUGUGCUCACAGUUAAACUGGCUGCUAGAUCUGAGGGCAGGAAGAUACCUCUGUUCAAAUCAGAUAUACAAAUUCUUGAACUUGAAAGUCUCCAACACGAUGUGUUUCUUAAGAUCAUAUCUGUAUUUUCACAGAAUAAGUUUCCUCAUAGUAGGGUGUAGUGGUGUAUGAAGUGCUAGUAAAGUGAGCCCAGAUGUUAUGGAAAAGAUGCCCAGGUGUCUUGGCAUUUCUGAAGUUAGAGUCAACUAAUAGCACCAUUUAACCAUGGUUAUUGAGACUCUGAGGGGAACAGAGACUGGAAAACUCACAACGCUAUACUGUAAAACAAAUUUCUUGUAAUUUUCCAAUAACUAUUCCCUCUUCUACAGUUCUUUCAUAAAUUUGUCUCGUUUCAACUUUCUAUUUUGAAAACCUUUGGUGAUUUCCUUUCACAUUCAUAAGUAAAAUGUGGUCAAUGCAACAAUUUACAAACACAUACAUAUAAGCGAUAUUAAUAUCAUGGAGGAACAGUUAAAAUUUAACAAGUUUCUCAGAGCUCCCCUUCUAAUCAAUAAUAUAUCAAAAACGCUUUGCAAAUUCCAUUUUCACAGUCCUCAUGCCUUGUAAUAGCCAAGCAGAAAGCCAGCAGCCUUCUUCAAUCAGAUCUUUUGGGAUUCUCAAGAAGAUGAGAAUUUAAAAUCAAGAGCUUUAAAAGAACAGUGAAGUGCACAACUUGAAGAACAGAAAAAAUAAGUAAAUUAGUAAAUGUGAAUGAUUUUUCUUCACUUACCAACAGGGAAGCAAUUCAGUGGAAUACUGUCAUUGUACAUGGAAAAGGGAUGGCGUGAUGGGAAAUCCUCCAGGAAUGCCACUGUUUAAAACAAGAAUUUAGAGCUUUAGUAGGAAAAAUAACUGAUUGUCAUUUAAGAAAAAAGAAACAACACAACAAACAAAACAGAUAAAAUUGAUGGGUGGAACAUCUAGUCAUUCCUUUCAUUAAUUUCAUUACUUUGGAACUUCCUUGCUCUUAUCAAAAUGGAAAGUGCUUUGUAUUGGCUUCUGUGAAACAUUCACUCCUUUCUUUUAUAUCAUAAUAGAAAAAUCACCUUGUAGGGAAAGCUCUUUUAUUAGCUGAAAUACACAUUAGCAUGUUUUAAUCCCAGCAUCUGAUCUACUUAAUGACAGAGCAAAGAUCUAUAAAAAUGCCUCAACAUAAAUAGCAAGAGUUGCACUUAGAGCACUUCAAACUAUGAGGGGUUUGCAAACCACAGCACACAUCCAGACAGACCUCCUGAGCUGAGCAUGUGGUUUUACCAAAUGCAUGCAUUUCAACAACUGUAGUGAUCAAGUUUUGCAUGAAACUGCGCCAUUUCUUUUUUAGAGAUGGUUCUUUAACAUUUACAGGAACCUUUCAGUAUCUCAGCAGAUAACAGUUGUCAUUACAAAGUAUGAUGGGCCACCCUCUGAAACUAAUAAGACCCUCCACAAUUUAAAUGUUAAUCCCAACCAGCCACAUCUGGAGUACUCUAUCCAGGAGUUCUGGGCUCCUCAGUUUAAGAAAGACAAGGAACUUGUAGAGAGAGUCCAGCAGAGAACUACAAAGAAGAUUAGGGGCUUGGAGCUUCCCUUAUGAGGAAAGGCUGAGAAAGCUGGGAUUGUUCAGCUUGGAGAAGACCGAGAAGGGAUCACAUCAAUGUAUAUAAAUAUUUAAAGGCAAAAGUAAGAGGAUGGGGCCAGGUUUGUUUUGUUUUGUUUUGUUUUUUUUCUCAGCAGUAGAGAAAGAAGAAACAAGCACAAACUGGAACGCAGGACGUUCCAUCUGAACAUGAGAAAAAUCUUUACUUUGAGGGUGACAGAGCACUGGAACAGGCAGCUCAGAAAGGUUGUGGAGUCUCCUUCUCUGGAAACAUUCAGAACUCAUCUGGACAAUUUCCUCUGCAACCUGCUGAGGGAGCCUGCUUUAGCAGAGAGUUGGGCUAGGUGGUUUCCAGAGGUCCCUUACAACCCCUACAAUUCUGUGAUGCCAUUUGUGCACACGUGUUCUCUUGGGUAGGCUGCUAAAGAUUGAAAUGCUUAAAACUUAAUUGAUACUCAGUCUGUUUUGAAGGCAACAAUGUUGCAUCUGCCCAACAGACAUUAUUCAAAGGCCACAACAAAGCCUCCAUCACAAACUCUGCUUUUGGCAGCGUUCAGUCUAUGCGACUUCCUGGUCUUAGAGCACUUCACCCUCUUUCUCUUUCACUUGUCCUAAGUUCUUUUCCCUAAUACACAGAAAGGAUUCUGUUCAUGACAGCAAUAUCUGUAGUAGCCAAACAAAAGUCAUUUUUGGAGUACUGGUGUUUUUGUAUUUGUGUGGGUUUUUUUAUGAACUUCCUGCCAGUGUUAAGCUAAGCGCCUAGUGAAGGAGGCAGAAAGAGAAAGAGAAGUCUGAGUAACAUUUUCUGCAAGUGCUGUUGCCUUAUCCUGUCCUAUCACACACUCCCACAACUCAAAAAGCAAUGUGGUUUUGGUACUUCCUUCCUCACAUGGCUACAGACUCAGCUGCUCUUUGCACGUAAGAAAGUUGCUUGUAAAAAGUUACCAUUCUAAACUUUGCUUUCUUUUCUAAGACAUUGGGUUUGAACCAUUUAAAAUAAAAUCAAAGACUACACACUGUAUUUUAAGCAGAAAGUGAUUAAUUUGCUGAGUGAAUUCAAUGAGCAACUUUUCUCUUUCAGUUUUUCCUCAAAACUGGCUGAUGUAAACCCUCACAACGGCCAGCCCAGGUUUCAGUCCAGAAAGCCUGCAGACACUCAGAUCACAUUCACACCUGUGGGACUCUAAACUAAAACAACUUUUGACUCUAAAGCCUGUGGCCUUUACUUUACUUCUUUAGCAGAAAUUAAGCUCAAUAUUUUGAAAGAUACUUACUCAGCCUCUGCUAUGAUAGUGAAUUAGCCAAGCACAAGUGUUGUAAUCCACUUCUCCACGAAAGCAUGUGUCUCAGCAGGGCACAGUUCUCACCAGAACAUUUCCUGAUACUCCCCUGGAGUCUUACUAUUCACAUAGCAACAUACUGAUUACCUGCAGCACAAGAUUUAUUGUGCAGACAGGUGUGAAUUCCAUAGGAAAACAGAGAAGCUUGUGAUUUGGAAAAUUUCUUCCCUCAUACAGUUUACUUGGGUGACAACAUCUGACUGAGAUAGCUGUAAUUCUGUAACCAUUCUCAGGUUGUUAACAUUUGUGUGCACGUACUUAUUUCAAAAGGAGCAAGGAUGACAACAUUUGCUUAAACUUGGUAAAUUGCAAAGUAGUCUUAAAAAAGAAAACCCUCACAAUAUCCUUCCUCCGUCUGUUUUCAUAUUCAUCCUGGAGUCCAUGCCCCUAACAUAAAAUCACCCGUUUUUAUCAUUUUUAGACACACUGUUUUGAAAUUACUUGUUAUCUGAUACUUGCUGGCAGCUCAGUCUGCCUCCGUUGCACUUCCAUAAUCUGAAUUACAGCAAGGUACAUACUGGGGAAGCAGCAAUGGCAAGACAGCAGGCACUUAUGUGGCUCAGGAUUAUAGAAAUAGUAAGUUUUUAUUGGCUUUUUGUUAAAUGGUAGAGUGCUUGAAAGCCUGCCUUACUCAGGUUCUGCCCAGAAAAACAGUUAGACAUGAAAGAGAUGCACAAAUCAGAUAAUUAGGGGACCAGUGUUGGUAAGAAAAAGAUAUGAAACAGGAAGAAAAACAAGACACUGGUAACUGCCUGGCAAUUCCUGGACACAUGCAAAGAUUUUAUAAUACUGAUAUUAAGUUUAUUGCCAGAUCUAAGAUCUAUGGAAAAGGAAUCUGCACUUACAAACAAUAAAAUUAAGCUUGUACAGAAUUUAGACUCUGACAUAAGCAGACAGGUUUGGUUCCUGAUUUUUCUUCAUAAUACUUUUACUUCCACAUUCUGCUAGAGUUGUAUAAUAUAAGCCAGAAGUCAAAUGGGGCAUUUUCAACCAUAUGUGUGUAACCCACUUGCUUUGGCUGCCACAGGACUUUCUGAGUGGACUUCCUAUAAAAAGAAAUGAGAUUUAAGAAUCGGAGUAUGACUCAGCAUAUGUUUUCUUUGAAACAAAAACUUUCUUUGAAACAAGAUCAUCGUUGAGGAAAAUUUCAUUAGCAGCAGAGCAGAGUGAUGUUGCUCUCAGUGGGCUGAAUUCAGUUGUUCUCUUUGACUGCGUCCUGUAACCUUGGUGCUCUUCUCAGGCACUCAGUGAAUAUAAAAAACAUCACUCACAGUAGUAGGGUAGGGUAUGGAUGCCAGCAAUAAGUGCAGCUUAACUGCAUGCUCCUGACCUAAAGAUCUUUGAGGGUUGUAUUUCACUGGUUGUUAUUCACCCUAACGUUGCACACAAACUACACACGAGUGAUGAAAAUCACAUCAAAAUCUCUGUAGACAUAAAGAUGUAUUCUUCUUAUGUUUCAUUUGUAUUUCUGCCCUGCCCUGCAAAUGUGUUAUGACAUGAAACUGAUGGGAGGGAUUCCUGACUGUGCAUAUCAUGAUUGUGGAGGGAGGGGGACAAAAAGAAAAGAAAGUCACAAGCAUUGUUAGUAAACUAAGUCAAGAAAUAAACAGAAAUGAAGGAAGGACAUCUUUCUUCCCAAAAUGGGGCCAAACACAAAAGUGCCCUGAAAAUUCAGGAUACAGUCAAGAAGAUGAUGGCUGGUCUUCAUUUGAUGAAGAUGAUGACUAUGAAAGCCCUGAUGAUGACCAGGAAAAGGAAGAUGAGGCUGACUAUGAGUCACCAACGGAAGAAACUGAGGAAGCAGAACAUGACAGUGAUGGCUAUGAGCCACCUCCAUCCAAUAAUGAUGAAGCACAGCACAAUGUCAUAUUUCCUGCAAAGUCACUUGCAAACAACACAGACUAUAUAGACAGGCCUCCAACAGCCAGAUCAUCACAUCAGCCUCCAGUACCACCCCAGCGGCCAGGCCCAUCCCCAGCACCAGCCUCAUUUGGGGGAAGAGGUGCUUCUCUGCCAGCUUUCCCUCCUCUACCAAGCAACAAUGACAGACAUGUCAAGCCUUCCAAACCCCCAGCUCCUUCUAUAGACAGAAGCACGAAACCCCCACUGGAUCGCCUUGCUCCACCAUUCGAAAGAGAAAGCCCAGUACCAGGGAGGAAGCCAGGCCAUCCUGAAAAGCUUCUUGCUCCACAGCUAAGAGCACUGGGAGAACAGCUAGCAAUGAUGCCAAAACCUCCUGUACCACCAAGUGAUAGAUAUGAAAGAGGAAAUCCAUCUCCUCUAAGGAAGCCAAUCCCUGUAAAGCAGGGCUGGGCACAACAGAAAAGACCUGAAGAAGAAGAAGAACAUACACCCCAAAGACCAGUGCCACAGAUAUCUUUGCCCCCAUACAACUCCAAUACAUUCCCAUCAAAAUCUAUCAAGCCUCUACCUAAGGCAGGUGUGGUGCCUGGUGCUGAAAGUGCCAGAAGCCUGUCUGCAAGUGGCUCACUACCACCUCGCUUUCCCCAAGGCAACAACAGCAGAUCUCCUUCAAGAGGCACAGCUGAUUUAAGACCUCCGUUGCCCAUUCCUAGCAGACAGACUGCUCACCAAAUCAACACAGAGGAAGAUGAGGAUUCACUAAAUGAUGAAUGGUAUGUUGCUUAUAUUAGUCGGCCAGAAGCAGAGGCAGCUCUUCGAAAAAUAAACAAGGAUGGAACUUUCUUAGUAAGAGACAGCUCAAGAAAAACUAUCACUCAUCCGUAUGUAUUGAUGGUGCUGUACAAGGAUAAAGUAUACAAUAUCCAGAUUCGUUACCAGGAGCAAGAUCAGACAUAUUUGUUAGGAACUGGCUUAAAAGGAAAAGAGGAUUUUUCUUCUGUAGCACAUAUCAUCGAUUAUUUCCAAAGAACGCCUCUUCUUCUGAUUGAUGGAAAAGACAGGGGUUCAAGAAACCAGUGUGUGUUAAAAUACGCUGCAGGAAAUAUUAAAUGAGACCUAAACAAAGAUCACAUAGAGGAUCAGAGUCUACCAAAACCUAUAAAGCCCAGGAUACUUCAUUUUUCAGUAAGCUAAAAUAAUGAAGUCGUCAUUAAAAAUACUUUCAAUUUUAAUGAAAAAAGGACGAUGUUUUCAUUUUUAAGUCAUGCCUUAAAUAUAGUACUCUAUAAAUUGGGUUUUCCUACAGUGUAUUUAUUACUGUACACUAACCACAGAGUACCAUGAGUAUUCUUUAUGUGAGGAAUACUACCUUCUAACAAACAUGAAUUAUCUUAAAAUGAUUUCCUCAUAGUAUUAGAGGACCCAUGAAAGAUAUACCAAUGCAGCUCACUACUUUCAUAAGAGAAAAAAAAACAACCUAUUUUUCAGAUCAGACCUGCAGCAGCAAAAGUAUUAUCUAAAGUGGCAUACAAAAGAACCAAAACAAAAUUGAGUAGCAUUCAUUUUUUUUCUGCAAUCCACUUCCUAAUACAUUUAACUACGGAGAUUUCUGUGUAAAGAUUAGGACUCCAACCUGCACCCGAAAGACAUCAGCUUUCAGCAACACCAAAAAAUCCCCUGGAUACUUAGCUGCCUGUGAAGAUCUGUUCUGUGUGACUCAGAUAUGAAGUUGUCUUUAUGCACAGUUCUCUAGAGAAAUAAAAUAUCUACAGAUACAAUCCCUUGCCCGCCAUACCGUUGAUGAGUCACUGAUGGCACAUUUUUGCCGACUAAUUGGAAGUAUGCAUUCCCUGAGGCCUUCUACCUUCACUCAGGAACAAGAACGUCUUCGCCCACAAAUUUGAAGUGUGAUCCUCGAACCUCAUACAGGAACAAGCUUUCCUCUGUUAGCACAAACUCUUCUUAAAUUAUAUCUCUAACUGUAAUUUAAGCCACCAUUCUUUUAUAGGAGACACAUCAACAAGACUACCAUCGUGUGAUUCUUAAUUGGAAGACCACACCCAAAUCUCUUAGAAAGCAGACAGAGAGAGGGAAAUGUGGUUCUUCUUAUACAACUGCUUUCUGGUUGUUUGGUUGUUUUUUUUUUUUUCUGUGCUUUUUUUCAAGGAAAAAAAAAAAAA